UCAGACUCUGGGUCUAAAGCAACCUGAACGCUAUGAAGAUAUGACUGUGUGGCAAUAUGUUGUUGGUUCUGAUUCUGAUUAUGGUUCAGAUGAAUUGGAUUCACUCUCAGGAUCCUCAAUGGCCGGUUCACACAGUCUGCGACUCAGAAAGACUUACAGUGACCUACAGGAGCUGCGACCCUUUGCAGGAUAUAGGUUUCACUCUCCUGCCUUGCCCUGAGAGAUUAACUGAUCUCAUAAAAAUCAGAUUGGCCUUGAUUCUGAGGCAGUCCAUCGAUGAGCUUUAUUCAUCAUAUGAGCUGUGGCUACACGGGCAAAAAAUGCCUAUCUUGAAUCAGGACGAGCCCCUCUGUCUUCCUCACUUCCCACGUUUCAAGUUUUGUGGAAGCAGGAGAGGAGAAAUCAUCACCGUUGAGUCAUCAUUUAAGUCAAAAACAAAUAUUCCUCUAAAGGCUAAUUUUGAUCUUAAACUACGUGCGAUAAAUCAAGACGGCUUCCUGAUUGCCUGUGUGAACGCAACUCUCAGCUUUCAUUGAUCCUUUAAGACCAGAGGACCUGUACUUCAUCUGAGAGCAACUGUGAAAUCUAUCACAUUAUGUUAAUUGUAUUACAUAGUGUUGAA